AUGCCGCCGCCGCUUGAUGGGGUUGGAGCGGCGGGUGUGUUGAUGGUUGGGGUGAUUCCGAGGUGGAUAUACAAGGCUGCCGUCCGAACGCUCCAACUCGUACUCGCGGCCGCGCUCUUUCCCGUCCUCCGCGGUUGCUACCUCCGCGUCCGUCACUUCGGGAUGACAGCUUUGGCGUCCUUUGGGAUCAGGAUAGAGCCGUCGCGGAGGAACACUGUGCCGGGGCUGUCGCCCAAGUCGACGGUGGUGCGUGGGCGAAACCAGGCCACGCGUCGCCCGACCCUCGCCGCCACGACUGGAUCACAAGGUGCUGACGGUCCUUCGCAACUGUUCGUUCUCAUCCACGGAUUGGGCGGCACCCCCGACGACCUUCGUUGCCUCGAACGCAACCUCACCCAACGAGGUGGAACCGAUGUGCUGGUGCACAAGCCCGCGUGCAACACUCUCGUGAGAAGUUUUGAUGGCGUGCCUAACGGUGCGAGGCGAGUUGCGGACGAGAUCCGCGCGGUUGUUGCUGAGCAUCGCGCAUCCCUGAGGAGGAUCAGUCUCGUGGGAAAUUCCUUGGGGGGCAUCUACGCGAGGUACGCCGCGGCGCUGCUCUUUGACGAAGAUUCGAAAACAAUCGCGGGUUUGGAGCCCACGACGUUCCUGACGACCGCGUCCCCGCACCUGGGCGUCGGCCCUUUCGGUUACCUGGGAAUGUUCCCGAGCCCGCUGCAGACGGUUGGCGCCGCGCUCAUCGGCGAAUCGUGUUCGCAGCUGAUGCUGAGGGAUGGCUGGGGAAAUCGACGGCCGCUGCUGGCGAAGAUGGCGGACCCUAUGAACGGGAAAGAAGGGGCGCGCGGGUCCGGGGGCGGAAGCGGGGCUCGAGACGAGGCGGACGGGCUUCCGUUUGUUGAUGCGCUGGCUUCGUUCGAGCGUCGGUGCGCGUACGCAAAUGCCGUGAACGACUUUCUGGUCGCAUUCGAGACGGCAUCCAUCGAUCCAGACGCGACCAGGACGAUGAGAGAGAAACGUUCGCGUGAGGCGUCGAGCCCUGCGAGCGCGAACAUCAUCGACGCCGGGGGCUUUGGCGCUGCCGCCGGGCCGACGGGUAGUUUUCCGUUUCCGUUCACGGGGGCACCCAGGAUAGCCGACGAACGCGACCACAUCCCCACCGAUCCAGCGUCGCGCGAGCGCUCGCUCUUCGGAUCCGGAUCGGACGCAGGCGAUGGGUUGGCUCUACAGCGGAAGAUGGCGGCGGGGCUUCAGACGCUGUCGUGGCAUCACGUCGACGUCGAGUUCCCCGGAUACCUUCCGCUCGCGCACAACAAAAUCUGUGCACUGCAGCGAGAUCCGGUGAUGGAGUUUUUGUUCAAAGAUGGAGAGUUCAUCGUGGAACAUCAGGCGGAAUACCUGCUAGCGUGGGUUCGGGAGCAAUAAUCGUCGAUUUCUUUCGCUGAGUGUUAGCUGCUAGCUAGCUAGAGCUGCGGUAGUAGGACUUUGCGCAGACACUACAAAGCUUCGCU